UGGGUAAUAAGUAAGUGCGUCGUGAAGCAAGCUAGAGAGCUCCCGUGUCGAGCAAGGCCCCGCCAGCAGCAACAACAAACAAACCCCCGCACCCGGCCGUUGAAAGCUGCAGCUGCAGGGGGUGGGGGAAGCAGAAAGAAAAAGAAGGAAGGGAAGCGAAGGGAAGGGAAGGGAAGCGGAGGAGGAAGGGAAGGGCGAUGGUGGUGGUGGUGGGGGGGAGGGGUCCCGAGGACCCCAGGGCACCCUAAAACAGUGGCAGCAGCAGCAGGGUUUCGAGAGCAGAGCGCCCAGAAUAGAGGCACGGGAGGGCAGGGGAGGGGAGGGGACGCGACGAGCGAGGAGAGGAGGCGAGGCGAGGCGAGGCGUGGAGAGUGAGAGAGGAGGGAGGGAAGGGAGGGGAGGUGAGGAGAGGAGAGAGGGGGAGUGUGGUGGUCGAGUGUGGAGUUCUUCUUCUGCAGCUGCUCUAACUGAACUGCCAACGAGUCGCAUAUGAGAGUUGUAACAACCCCAACAUGAGGAGAUAUCCGCGUGCAGCUUCUUUGCAGCAGUUCCGACUGCAUUGAGCGAAGCCUCGACCUCUGCAACGCUGCAUUGCAUAAACGAGGCGAGCAGGGCAGUGCAGCCGGUUCCGCCACGCAGCCCUGGUCAGCUAUGGCUGCUGUGGCGUCCCAGCGGGAUGCAGCAGGUGGGGGUGGCGUCGGCGGUGGUGGUGGUGAUGCCGUGAAGCUGUUUGUCGGCCAGGUGCCCAAGCAACUCAGCGAGCAGCAAAUUGCUGGCAUUUUCGGCGAGGCUGGCAACGUUAGAGAAAUCAACAUCAUUAAGGAUAAGCUGACGAAACAAUCAAGAGGAUGCUGCUUCGUGACGUACAGCACGAGGGAGGAGGCAGACAACGCCAUUGCUAUGUUCCACGAUAAACGGACGCUUCCGCCGGUUGCGAGUCCAUUGCAAGUGAAGUACGCCGAUGGAGAGCUAGAGAGACUGGAGCACAAACUCUUCAUUGGCAUGCUCCCAAACUCCGUGUCCGAGGCCGAUGUGACGAACAUUUUUUUAAAGUUCGGGAGGAUCAAAGAGCUCUCAGUCAUAAAAGGAUCGCAACCGAGUAGUAAAGGCUGUGCAUUUCUCAAGUACGAGUCGAAGGAUCAAGCAAUUGCUGCCAUUGAAGCACUCAAUGGAGUGCACAAAAUGGAGGGUUCUACAUCAGCUUUAGUAGUGAAGUGGGCUGACACCGAAAAAGAAAGGCUAGCGCGGAAGCAACAGAAAGCCCAAGCUUCAGUGACGAAUAGACUUGCCGGACAGCAACAACCUUCUCUCUUUGGAGCAAUGCCAAUUGGAUAUGUUGCUGCUCCUGCCCCUAUCAAUGGGUACGCAUACCAGGCAACAAAUGCCUAUGGGAUGAUGCCCUACUCGACCCCUCAGAUGCAAAAUCAGCAAGGAAUAUCCGGUGGCCUUAUGAGUCCCAUGAAUCUUUCAAUGGCUGUACCUGAGCAGCAAUCUCCGGAACUCCUGACUCAGAUGGCGAAUCCUAAUUUCCAACCUAUCCAAUACACGGGUUACAUGGAUCCCGUGUAUCAGAACUUUUCUGGCAUGCAGUAUCCGAUGGCUUAUCCUGGAACUCUUUUAUACCAAGGUGUACCUCAGACUGUGGGAACGAAUGGGAUGCCUAUUUUAGGAAUGAGUCCAGCUGCCUCAGGACCAACAACUGUUAAUGCCGGAAUCGCCCCACAGACGGAAGGACCACCAGGUGCCAACCUUUUCAUCUAUCACAUACCUUUGGAGUUUGGUGACCAAGAGCUGUCAACAACGUUCUCGUCCUUUGGCAAUGUGAUAAGCGCAAAAGUUUUCGUGGACAGAGCCACCGGGGCUAGCAAGUGCUUUGGCUUUGUGAGCUACGAUUCUCCUGAAGCAGCUCAGGCAGCCAUAAACGUUAUGAAUGGAUUUCAGCUCAGCGGGAAGAGGCUGAAAGUUCAGUUGAAAAGAGAUACCAAGCAGGGAAAACCUUACUAAGAGGGUUGAUGUCUCACGGGCAGUUUUUCUGCACUUCGGGGACGAUACCCAUUGAAAGUUUUAGUAUUCCAGCUUCUUGUAGAAUGCAUGCAGUGGAAAGGAAGCCAAGGUACAAGUCAGCGUCAUUUCAAAGAUCCAUCCCACAGCUAGAGAUAAUGGUCACUUAGAGCUGUACGAAGCAGGACAUGGCACCUGCUGAGAUGCACACAUGCUUCAACAACAUGGAGAUUUGAAGGAUCAUGAUGAGUUGGCGCAAGACGAAGUUGAUUGGGACUCUGCGCGCCAAUCAAGGGAUUGACUUCAUUGUUGAUGCAUACGUCCUACACGUUCGUAUCCUACACGUUCGUAUCCUACCUCUCGUUUACCUGCUUCACUACAGUCAACGCGUGAUGACCUUCAUCCUCACGCUUUCUAAAAGCAGGAAUAUUGCCGGCUUGUUGACAAAAGUGCCAUUACUGGCGAUGUAACAUGAUUCAGCAGUAUUCGCAGUCGUGGAGGUUUUGGUGCCGUCACUGAUUCCGUGGAGGAGACAUCAUUGUCGUGUAAGGUCGUUUCUAUCUCUUCAACAUCACGCAGAUGUUCUCUUGGAGAAACUGAUACACAGUGUCGGUUGAAUAUAAUAGCAGUGUAAUUUUAAUAUACCUCGAGCAAUUUUUACUAACCUCUCUAAAGUUCUAGUUGUAGACGAUAUGUACAUUAUCAUGAUGACUCAAGAAAUUGAGAUGUAACACGAGGCAUAUACUUGGAGCGGGGUUCAAAAUGUUGUCAACACUUUUUUCGGGAGUGUCAUUUGUCCUUCU